AUGCUUGUCAUCCCCGGCUACCUGCCGAUUACGACGACACUUAACCCAACUCAACUGGGAGAGCUCCUGCCGAUCCUACAUAUUUACAUCGACCCCGCCCUCCCUAAUAUAGCUCUCCUCCCCGCUGCUAGUAUAAGCUACAAUGGUUUAGAACAAGCCUUGCGCUGGCGCGAAGCUGAAAUCGAGCAGGGGAGCUACGAGGGUAUGGAGAGCAAUCUGAUCGAAAUCAUUGAAAUCUACCAAGCUCUUGCCUUCUUGGGAAACAAGCCAACGAGCCAGAAUCUUUGGUCGCUCGACCGCGUGAUUCGAGCUGCCUUUGAAGACGGUCUUCUCCUUGCGGAAUGCCAACAUAUGUGGGCAUUGCGCUACCUUCCACACACAGAGAAUUGGAUUGAUCUGAUGUUUCGCCGCCUAGCGACUGACUAUGAGAGUGGAGUGGCUGACGCUAUGGAUGAAUUAGCUUUCUAUGGCCGUCUGGAAGCAGACGAGGAACUCCGGGCCAUGUGUACAGAGAUACUAUCUAUAUUCGAGUGGAUCGAUGAAGAUGACGAGUUGCUACGGCGCUUAAAGUGUGUGGAGGCUAGGAUGGUGAUGGAAGCGAAGCGUGCUCGACGGAUUGCGAAGAUGUCGAAGAUGAGGCACGGUCGUUCAAGUGCUCCUGGCCAACUUUGGCCGCAGAAGGAAUAUAGCUUGCCGAUCAUCAACAAGCCUGCCUCUGGAGAAUCGUGGGUGCCGAGGCUGUUCGACAUGGUGUCGAAGGAGAAGUCUUCAAGUAGCGUAAACAUGAAGUACUAUGAGCACAACAGGAGACUGAAAUGUCGCAAGACAAUCGAAAACGGAUGCCGGCUACGCACCGUAAGAUCUGGCUCUCGCAACCCCAUCUACCCACCACAUACCCCGGAAUCGGACGCACUCGGCCUCACGCGCGAGAAAUAUAAUAUGAUCAUAAGCAACAUCGAAGACUUCCGACAUAACACCAAGUCUAAAUGCUAUUCCACCUGCCUCACUCCAUGGAAUAAGAUGCGCGGUCGAAACACUGUCGACGCUUUGGAAAAAGUCAGCGAUUCUAUCCGCCAGAUCAACGGUGAGGAUCGGCGCGUAGUUUGGACCAUCGAGAAAAUCCCUGGUGUUUAUGAACAGGGGAUGAGUUGUGGCAAGGAGGGAUGGGAGAUCAGCGCGUGGAAUGGUGAAGACCCUCUGGAGCUGCUGAUAUAA